UGUGCAUUUUGACGAAAUUUCUUAAUGUAUAUUUUUUUAGAUGAUUAACAAAUUUUGGGUAACAAUGGUGGCCAGCUUCCUUCAGCUUGGAAUUCAGGUGGAAGGAGAAGGUUUGUUGAGACCUGAACCUUUAGCGAAUUCUCUGAUGGCCGAAAACUUAUGGCAUAAUCUAUUUAUUAAAGAUGAUGGAAGAACUGUUUAUGAGUAUUCUUCAGAUAAAUAUACGAAGGACACCAUUGACCAGGAGAUAGAUUCAGAUGCAUUGUGUCAGGGUCUUCACAAGAAUUCUGACAACCAUCACACCUCUGAUGUCAAGAAGUGGCUAGAAAAUUUUCUCCAAAGGGUUAAUUUGCAAAUUAUUGAGAGCUAUCUUGAUCCAAUGGAAUUCCAGCUUUUAAAGAAGAGACAACUCAAGCGAAAUAAGAGGUCCAUAAUGAAGUCAGAAGACGGGUUUCAGCGGAGAAAUUCUGAUUUAAAGAAAUCUGAAGAUAUCCAUUCGUCAAGCGAUAAUUCAUUAAUAAGGAAUGAAAAGCAGAAGCCAAAUUUUUGGACUCACGCUGAUAUGAAUAAAAUACUUGGAAAUGUUAAAUCUUUCCAGAGUCGGAACAGAAAUGCAGUGCAGAAUACGGUGCAGUGUCAUAAUCAGCCGACGUUUUCAACUGUUUUGGGGCAGAUAAAUUCAAAACUCGGUCAAAAUAUCCAAGAUUCUAAUCAGCCCACUCGAAGCAAGAAACAUAAUAAACGGCCAAGAAAAUCUCAAAGAGACAUUCCAGUUAUGAUGUUUGGAGAUCCAGUGAAUAAAUCAAAGACAAAGAGAAAUAAUAAACCCAAUACUAGACCUGAAUCUGACUCCUACAGAUUGAAAUUUAGAAAAAAGAAUAAUGCCGCGCCAUUUUCGGAACCAAGGAAAACAGCUGAAAAUUCUCGCAUUAAUCUGGCAAAAUAUGACGAGUUGGCGGUAACUUUAGAUAAAAAAUUUUCGGAUAGUCCACCGUCUUUUGGACGAGCAAUAGAAUCGGAGCCUUCUAGAAUAUCAAAACCGAAAACCAAAGCUAUUAAACAUUCUAAAGGAUUGAGAGAAUCGAGAAGAAAAACAAUGUCACUUCGAAAGAAUAGUGUUAAACCUAAGAAGAACUUCAAAACCAACAGAAGACAGGUUUCUACAAUUUCAUUCGGUGAAGAGCAAAACUUACCUGGAAUUCGUGAGCUAGCGCAGUCUAUCGGUCGACCCACUUUAACUCUAGGUUUAUCAACCAACAUAUCAGUUUCUAUGAACGGACUGGCGACACUGCAAUCUGUAAAUGUGGAGUUGUAUAAAGGUGAAGACUUUCAACUAGUAUUAGCUCAAAUCAAGCUUGGGCCGGUCAGACUAACCUUUACUCUUCAGGACCGGGUGGCGCCAAAUAAUGGGUUUGCAGAUGGGCUUGUAGCUGGUACAAUCAUUUUCAAGGUGUAUAACACAGGUCAAGUAGAGUUUUUAUCUUUUCAGCGACUGAACCUUACGCAGAUUGGUAAACGAGACUCAGUAGAAUUCUCUGAAUCUCUGGUGCCCCCGUUAGCUACAAUGGUUCUGAGAAGAGAGAUUAAAAACGGACUGGAAAACUAAAUAAUUUGUGCUCCAAGAAGCCCCCUUUUUUAUUAUGAAAUAGAACUUUGGUACAUUGAUUGAAAUCUCUUGUCAAGUUUUAGCGGGACCCGUAAAACUGUGUAAAAGGAAGAUGACUAUUAGUGAUAUUAAAUGCCGUAUUUCUAUUCCACAUUUUUUAAUUCCGUCGAUUAACAGUUAGCUGAAUUAACGGAACGGGUAGGCCCACCAAGUAACCGGUCUGUUUAACUAACAACUAAACGUUUACGAAUUGAGAAUCACUUCUUUCUA